AUGGCUUAUUAUUCUUCAUUCGAGCCUUCGCUCCUCUUUCUCAUCUGUUUCUUUUUUGCUACCUCUCAGGCGAGAGACUCCAUCGCCACUCAUGAUCACCUCCAUUUCUUCAUCCAUGAGAACUAUAACUACCGCCCCCACGGGCAGGAUCAACUGCAUGAGAACUAUAACUACCCCAACCCCACUGCUAUCACCGUCGUAGGCUCUGCUACCAGCAACCCCCGUGGCUUCGGCAGCAUUGUGGCUUUCGACGACCAAAUAAGAGAAGGCUCCAGUGCCGACUCCAAGAUUAUCGGUUUUGCCCAAGGCAUAGCUCCGGAGGUGUCGCUUGGCCAGCGGGCUUGGCUCGGCCUGCUCAGCAUCGUCUUUUUGGAUGGAAAGUACAAUGGCAGCUCGCUCACAUUGAUGGGUCAGGCGACGCUCGAGGGAGCCACAGAGCGAACCAUCAUCGGCGGCACUGGAAUAUUUCGGUCGGCGAGGGGCUACACCGUCAAUACAUUGCUGAGUGGCACUCCGGCAGGAUACCUUAUCAUCGAGUGCGAUGCUUAUAUCAUGCAUUGA